CGGGAACGUAACGUCUCCAGGUGAUUAGGAGCCACAAUGUUGACGAAACUUUGUACUUUCGUAAGUUUCAAAAUGUGGUAGAAAUCAUCAGAGAGGAUGUCACUUCUACAAUGGAUUGUCAGAGGUGUACCUCGCUUGAGGUCUGGAGGAAACCCAGGUUACAAUCCACUGAGAUCCAUAGUCCACUUAUCCCGAUUCACAGUUUCCUAUCACUGUGAUAAGAAAAUGGCUCAAAAAUAUUCCUGUCUCGGAUAUCUUAGUUAUGGAACUCCAAUUUAUAACGUAAAAUGGCACAAUUUCUAUAGUUGUGUUUCAAGACCUUUCCCAAGUUUACUAGGAACAAAUAUGCAGAAUAUACAAAAGGAAAUUAGUGUGAAUAGGUCUAGCUUAUCAUCCAAAAAUGUAUCAGAGAGAUUAAAUGAAGGGAUUGAGGAGAAAUUCCAAAAAGCCCAAAAAGAUUUGAGUCUGGACUAUGGAUCAAAGCCUACUAUUCCACAAAGACUUGUACAAAAUGCCCCAGAACCUUUACAAGCUUAUCUUCAGCUCAUGAGAUUUGAUAGACCAAUUGGGUCAUGGUUACUGUUUUGGCCAUGUGGCUGGAGCAUUGCACUGGCAGCAGCACCAGGGUGCCUGCCAGACCUAGGAAUGAUGGCCUUGUUUGGUGCAGGUGCAGUAGUUAUGCGUGGAGCAGGAUGCACAAUCAAUGACAUGUGGGAUAAGAAUUAUGACGGAAAGGUUGCCAGAACUGCUGCACGUCCUCUUGCUAGUGGAGCACUCACCUUGUUUGAUGCAUUGGUUUUCCUGAGUUUACAGCUUAGUAUAGGCUGUCUGAUACUGCUUGAACUUAAUUGGUACUCUGUGCUUCUUGGAGCUAGUUCUCUAGGUCUAAUCGUGCUCUACCCUCUAAUGAAACGUGUGACCUACUGGCCACAGCUCAUGCUGGGAUUCACCUUCAACUGGGGCGCUCUCUUAGGCUGGGCAUCAGUCCGGGGCACAUGUGACUGGGCUGUUUGCUUGCCUUUGUAUGCUGCUGGUGUAGCAUGGACACUUAUCUAUGGACACUAUAUAUGCACAUCAGAUACGAACUCUUGAUAUCAACAACCCAGGAGACUGUGGGGACAAAUUUAGAGCAAAUCGUCAUUUAGGUUGGGUUUUAUUUGCAGGUAUAGUUGGAGGAACUUUACUGAAAUCUAAUAAAGAAAACCCACCGAGUUUAGAGCUGAAUCUAAUGAGCAAUGAAUUAUAGGGAAAUGUGAGCUGUGAUUUAUUAUGUAGAGCCUUUGAUUAUAUAUUAGACAUCUAGUCAAGAGGUAUUAUUACUGAAAAGUUGUUGAUUUAUGCCUAAUAUUUGUUAAUAUGUAAAUACAAUUUUUAAAUGUAUGAA